CCAGGAUCGUCGAGUUGCAUCGGGUUAGCAUCGCCAGCUUCACCGCGGUUGUGGCCGGGGAACACCGCCUGUACGAACCACGAGUCUCCCCAUCGUCCCCUAGCUCAAUGCCUUUCUCCAGGGUUCGCUACCCCACGGGGCACCAUCCGUCAAUUCGCGCUAAUGUCGCAUGCGCCGCUGUCGGUAAACUUGCGAGGAUGGGCCUCACAUGGCCUUCAUCGCGUGCGUGUCCGGGUUCAUGGGUAGCCUGAUGUUGGCUUCUGGGCUCGACUAACAAGAUCUUGCUUUGGCUUCGCUUUCGGCCGGUGACGAGAUAUAUAAAGUCCCGCCUCGCGUCUCCCUGUUGUUGUUUGCAAGGAGGCAUGACUCAAGGCUGGCACGAAAACCUUGCAGCUGAAUUCUACAUCUUCUACUCGCUUCAUCCGAGUCUCAACACCCUCGUCCCGGUCCUGUCUACCCAACACAGACGUCAUGGAGUCCAAGGAGACACACGUCGAUGCGAUUGACCGCGUCGACUCUGCAGAGAAUCAUGUCCCGCAGGGCUCAGCACUUCCGUUCUGGAAACAGACGGAGCUGCGAAAGCUCUACGGAAUGAUGCUCUUCCUCUUUCUCGGCUCGACGACUCUCGGCUAUGAUGGCAGUCUUCUCAAUGGGCUGCAGACAAUGGACUCGUGGCAAGAAUUUUUCGAUCAUCCCACCGGUAGCCGCCUCGGAAUCUUUGGAGCGUUCCCCGGAUUCGGAGGGUUGUUCGUUCUCCUAUUCGCACCAUAUAUCGCCGACGGUCUUGGCCGGAAGAAGGGCACUGCCAUCGGAUGCGUCUUCGUCAUAGCCGGAGCGCUGAUGCAGUGUUUCCCGAAACAAUCGCACUCCGGACGAGACGCCCUGUACCUCGCCGGCCGCUUCAUCAUGGGCUUUGGCUCCAACAUCUCCAACGGCACCUGCCCUCUCCUCAUCACCGAGGUCGCCCAUCCACGACACCGCGGCCGGGUCACGACGAUUUACAACACUGUUUGGUACCUGGGAAGCAUCGUUGCCGCCUGGGUUUGCUUCGGCACGUUGCAGAACCAGACCGGAAACAUCCAGUGGGUGCUGCCGACGGGCCUGCAAUGCCUCAUGCCCGGAAUCCAGCUGCUGGCCAUUUGGUUUGUCCCCGAGAGCCCGAGAUGGCUCAUCAGCAAGGGAAGAGAAGAAGAGGCCCGCCAGAUUCUCGUCAAGUACCACGGCAACAACGACCAGGACGAUGACUUUGUGCGCUGGGAGUUUGCCGAGAUCACCAACACCUUGAGACUGGAGCGCGAGUCAUCGUCAAACAACGGCUGGAUGGAGUUGAUUCGAACAAAGGGAAACCGCAAGAGGUGUGGACUGAUCAUCGCGACCGCUAUUUUCUCGCAGUGCAGUGGCAACGGUCUCGUUUCGUACUACCUUUCAACCAUUCUCGAUACUAUUGGCAUCACCGAGUCCGUCACGCAGGCAUACAUCAACGGAGGCCUCACCAUCUGGUGCUGGCUAGUUUCGCUCUUCGCCGCCUUCUUCGUCGACCGAAUCGGACGCCGAGUUCUAUUCUUGUUUGCCGGCGUCGGCAUGCUCAUCUCCUUCUCCAUCUGGACAGCCUGCAGCGCCGUGUACGCCAAGACCGAAUCAUCUUCGGCGGGUAUUGGAGUUGUGGCCAUGAUCUUCCUCUUCUACGGCGUGGCUGGUGCUGCAUGGCCUGGUCUCACCGUCUCGUACACCGUGGAGAUUCUGCCUUAUAAUAUCCGCGCCAAGGGAUUGACUCUUUGCUUCUGCUUCACUGCUCUCAGCGGAGUCUUCAACCAAUAUGUGAACCCUCUGGGUAUUCAAGAGUUGGAGUGGCGUUUCUACUUUGUCUACAUUGCUGUUCUUAUUAUUGAAUGCUUGGUUAUCUACUUCUUCUUUGUGGAGACAAUGGGUCCUACUCUGGAAGAAAUUGCCGUCCUCUUUGACGGUAAGGAUUCAGCCGCCGGCAUCGCACAGGCACAGGCGAAGGAAAAGGUCAUGAGCACGACUAAGGAAGUCGAACAUGCCUAAACGCAAGAUAUAAGGGCUCCUUCUGUGUCCUUUAAGUAGCUUAGUUGAGCCUUUAAGAGAAAUAUCUUGGUUCUAUGA